AUUGAUAUUGAAUUUUUUAUUAGCUAAUUAAUAAUAAUGACACAAUUCAUUUAAAUCGAUUUUUUUUUUUCUUAUUAUACUUAAUUUCAGUAAAUAAUACAAAUGGAGCAAAUCGUAAAGCUUUUUGUUCACCAAAGCUAUUUUAUAGAAAACGAUUUAGUAAUUGAUUAUAACUUUGUAAAAGAGGCACAAACAAAUGCUUCUUCGAAGGACUGGAUCGUGUUAAUACCGAAGGGUUGGACGGGUGUAGAUGAACAAGUCGCAUUUAAAAAUAUUAUCAUAGGUUGCGAUGAAAUCAACAAACCGAUUAAGUCUAUCAUCUUUGAGAAGAAAUGUUUUCAAAAUAUAGUAAAAUGCAACAAAAAAUAUCAACUCAUGUAUAUCGCUCAAAACUUAGAAAUAUUGGGUCGAAGCGAAUAUUUUACAUUUUACCAUCAAAAUACUGCUUGUUAUUGUGUCACAUCAACUGGAAAGUCUGUGGACGAAGAUAAAACAAAAAGAUUACACCCACAAUCCGAUCGCCGACCUAUUCGUAGGCAAUCACCAACGCCUCAUGAUUUUUACAAGAACAAUUCACAAACGAGCUCAGUCAUUAAAAGUGAUAAACCAAAGUCCAAACGUUGGUCAUCGAACUCUUGUAAUGAAUGCAAAUCGCCAAACAACUUCAACGCACAAGAAAGCGCGUAUCUUACAAAGAUUCAAGACUUGACUAACGAGAAAGAGGCUCUGGAACAACAUUUGUUGAAAGUAGAAAAAGAUUUGGUGCAAACAUUAGACGUGGUAAACAAGCAAUUUAUGUUAAACAGAGCGUUUUCCCAACAAAAAGAAAACGUUCAGAGAUUUAUUGACGAUUUAGUUAAGGGUUUAUUGAACGACGGUCGUAUAACAUUUUGGGCAAACGACCAAGAGUUUACCGUUGUUAGAGAAAAUUUAGAUAAGGAUCUAGAAUGUUCAGUCGGUGAUAGUGACACAACUGCUUUGUUCAAAUCGCAGGUAUCAUUUAGAGAAGCGUGUUUAAAAGCUAUUAUUAGUCAACAAGAACAAACCAUUCGGCAACUAGUUAAUAAGAUUAAAGACUCUAUUGAUAUAUUCUUGAAAACAAAUGACCCAUCUUCAAAUUUAAAUUCUCUAUUGCCACAAACACCAGAAAACCAACUAAGUAGUAUAGGUUACAUGGAUAGUUCAGGAACUACUUAUUUUGCUACGCCUUAUGUAUCAUCGAAUUCUAUCCCUAAUGUGUGCACAUUUGAUAGAAAUGAAAAAAAUAAAGAAACAAUAGAAUCCCAUGAAACUGAUUCAAAAAAAGAAAAUAAAGACUUGUCUAGUGAAAUUGAAGUAAGAUAGAUAUAAUUACAACACGUAAAAAUAACUAAACGAAAAUAGCUAAAUAGCUAAAGGAAGAAAUUAAAAUGUACAGAUUAUAAUCGAGUGUUUUGUGUGAAUAACUUGUUUAACU